UCGUUUCAGGGUAGCCAUCGUGUUAUCUCUGUUUCUCCCUGUAUUUGCAGAUGUCCCGCACUGUAGUAAUGGAUUUCGAGAAGAAGCUGCCAAGAAAAUAAACAUAACAAGUUGCAGGAAGCAAAGUUUGGGAGCUGAAUUUGCUUGGAAUUACAACAAUGGUACAAGGAGACUUGAGAUUCUAUUCGGGGCAAAGUUACACGGUGACAUGGGGUGGCUGGCCUGGGGUUUGAACCCUGGGAAACAUGCAGGGAUGGUAGGCACCCAAGCCCUUAUAGGUAUCAAAUUAAGUAAUGGAACCUCAUCGCAUGAUACAUACAGCAUUACUGAUUCUACCAAGUUAGGUUGCAAACUCCUACCAUCCAAGAUCGAUUUGGAAGUUGGGGAUUUUAGCUUUUCUUUCCCGGAAGCUGAGUUCGCCGUGAUACAAGCUACAAUAGUUCUUCCUCGAGAAUACAAUGAUUCAAGUACAAAUGUCGUCUGGCAAGUUGGCAAUGUUGCAGCUGAAAAACAGCCCUUCAUGCAUCCCAAGAAUAUCUGGCAUCUUAGUUGCAAAGAGACAAUAAAUUUGAUUUCAGGGAGUGUUCGAGGCGACGGAGCUCAUAAACUGCAGAAAUUGAGAAAAGUUCAUGGGAUAUUGAACAUUGUGGGUUGGGGAUCAUUUCUUCCAGUGGGUGCAAUUAUUGCGAGGUAUUUCAGAAGAUUUCCCGUGGAAUGGUCCCAAUGGUUUCGUCUUCAUGUUUCAUGUCAAAUUCUUGGAUAUCUACUCGGCACAUCUGGCUGGAUCAUUGGAUUAUGGCUCGGAAACGCUUCCAAAUACUAUGGUUAUCAUACUCAUCGAGUUUUAGGAAUAAUUAUCUUUACAUUUACGACACUACAAAUGUUCGCAUUGCGACUAAAACCAAAGCGUAACGAUGAUUAUCGUGUGUACUGGAACAUGUAUCAUCAUUUUCUGGGCUAUUCAUUACUGGCCAUUAUCUCAGUUAACAUAUUUCACGGGAUUUCCAUCUUAAACGCAGAUCAUACCUGGAAAUGGGCUUAUAUUGGAUUGCUUUGCCUGUUAGGAUCGAUUGCUGUAGUACUUGAAAUUUACACUUGGAUAAAGUUUUGGAAACGAGAAUCGCCAGGCAUUCACAAAACUCAAGAUCAGGACCAAAAAGACUUGCAAAGAGGUAACAAAAACGAUUCAGGUGCAAGCACAGCAUCCCAUUCCUAGCACCGUACCAAGUUCAAGACUUCAAGAUACAUGAACUCAUCAACCAAGUUGUGAAAAAAAAUUCAGGUGGAACCAAAGACCAAAAUGCAGCCAUAACUAUGAAAAGGCUGGGAGGCCAGAGUGCUAAAAUUCAAGAAAUUGUUUCUGCAUUUCACACCUUAAGGUAGAGAAGCUAUGACUAGUUUCAGGUUGGGUUUUGGGACUUAU